AUGUCAGACAACGAAUCUUAUACGGACGAACUAUUCGAUCGCGAAGAUGUUGGCAUCUCAGACGCUGAAACGGAUCUAACAUCGACAAACCUUUCGCGAGACGGAAAUUUUGAUGCGGAGAAAGCUAUCGAGUGCGACGAUGCUGAUAUCGAAGACUUGGGGCAUCUCUUCGGCGGUAAUGCUCUUCCGCCCGAUUAUUACCAAAGCACAGUUGAGGAUUUCAACGACGACAAAUUCAGAAGUCGAAACUACAGUGAAGGAACAAAGAUUUUGAAGCUCAUCUGUGAGAACCUUUGGAGAGAGUUCUGUACAAAAGUUCUUCAACGCGACGCGCAAAAAUGCUUUGAGUGCAUUCACGAAGAAUUUUCAAUACGCUUGCCCUACAAAUUUCUUGAAUGGAGACUCAAUCAAAAGGUAGGCAAGGAUGGCAGAAGACUGAAAGGAGUUCAAAAGUUCAGCUCUUUAGAUACAUAUUGGAAAGUGUUCCGCCUCGCUUUCCAAGAUGCCGUCGGAGAGAAGCUUGACCAUCGGCUAGGUCAUAGUAUGCAGAAUGCUCUUCGGAAACUGGCUGAACAAUACAAACUGAGCUAUGAAAAACGCAUGAAUCGGUGCAUGUCUAUCGAGGAUCUGAAAGAGCAAAACCAAACGACCAUUGCCACGACGGAAAAAACUUUCAAGCUUGGCGAGAUGCGAGUGCUCGCUGUAUUGUAUACUCUCCUGCUAUCGCCGGCUGGAGCUCGACCAAUGUCUAUACUGAAGAUGACAUUUGGAGAUUUGUCUUUUGCUAAGGCACGAGAUCCUGAGGGUGGACCAGCGCAAAUUCUGAUUCGAUUUUCUCUACGAUUUACGAAGACAUGGCUCGGCCCUAAAGCUACGAAAACCCACCCUCUGCCUGAGCAUUUUCUUGGUUCAUCGUUCCUUCUUAGUACCCAUGUCUUUUUAUUGGGGCUGAUAUUCCAUCAUCGCGCAUUUCGAGCGCCUGACCUCACAUCACCUGAGCAACUGGACUUACUUGAGAUUCAUCCAGGAGAGCGGGAGCUGAGUCUUCCGUUGAAAAAGGAUAUCCAAGGCGUCUUCCUAUUUCGCAAGAUUAUCAAGACGGUGACUGGAUACGAGAUGUCCGCGGAACAGAUUCCUUACAGUGUGGUCAGCAGAAUGUUACGAAUAAUUGGGGAGAUAUUGGGGCGCGAGCACCCUACCAUCUCUUACAGUCUUCGCUACAACGCAGGAAACGCACUUGAUCGAAGCCCGCACGUCAGCGAUGCACUGCGAAACUUGAUCCUCGGUCAUGCGGAGUCCAGAACUUUUCAGAAUCACUAUCUUGGCCGCGAGAUUGCUGUAGAUACAUCAGCCAUCGUCCAAGGGCUGGAGCCAAAGCAGUCCAUGAUGAUACAGGCAACUAGCUUGGGCCAUUCAGCGAGCAAGCGACGACCAAGACACCUCACAGAUGAACAACUCCGGGAGAUAAAUUCACAUCCUGCGGUCGUACGGCUGCAAAAAGAAGUACAACAACAUGUACGGGGUUCCGAAGAAUGCAGCAAAGCCAUCAAAGAAUUAGGAAAGGUGAAGUUUAGGCUUCGAAACGAAGAGAGGGAUAAAAUGCGCGACGAAUGGACGGCUGAACAGGCUGUGGACGACAUUCAGCGACAGCUGCAUGGAAUUGGCUUCAAACCGCCAGCUGAGAACGCCUCAACCACCUCUCAAGGACAAGAACAAAAGCGAUUAACUGAAGCAUUGAAUGUUCCGCCUUCUAAAAAGGUCGAAGAAUACUUUCCGCAGAGAAAUGAAGCCAUUUCUGCAAUCAUGGCCUACUGCCGGGUCUACGAAGGGCCCCCCUCCCAACGGCAUCGUGCAGAACCUGUCGAGCCGAUUCAGCAAGCUAAUGAUGUUGGGUCAAAAAAUGAAACGCUGAAAGAUGUGUUGUUGAAGUCCGUUAUGGUAGAUGACGCCGUCAAACGACCACGGAAGUGCUUCGUGUGUUGUGGCAACGCACUUCGUCGCGACUUUAAUGAUUCGGGGUUCUUGACUCUUACCGCAGAUUUCUACUCUUCAUCGGACUUGAACAAACACUUUCGUCGCUUUCAUCUUCAAAAUCUGCAAGAGGGCCAAACAAUAGAGUGCCCUGCUUGCUCAGUUCUACUUGAGCACAAGCAAGAGUUUUUGACUCACGCGCAAGUCGUUCACGGCAUUCAUCUGCGAGUUGGCAACAGCUAUGAGGCUGACAGCCAAAAAAGAAAUGGAGGCAUUGGCUGUGACAACGACCGUCGCGGCAGAAAACGUGAAGCUGAGAGCUCGACCCUCGUGGCUCAGGACCACAGCCGAAACUCCAGAAACUCCGCUAAUCAUACGGACCGAAGCAGCCACAAUACAAAUAAGCGACAGAGACUGGACUGUGACCCACCAAGGGAAGUCAGGUCAAUCAGCCGCCGGGAUAAUGAGCAGCGCGGCAGAAAACGUCAAGCAGAGAAGUGGACUCCGACGACUCAGAACGACAGUCUGGGUCCCACGACUUCCGCUCGUCGUACGGAUAGGAGUGGUCACCGGGCAAAUAAGCGACAGAGACUGGAUUGCGACCCACCGAGGGAAGUCAGGUCAAUCAGCCGCCGUACAGAGCAUGAUGUGAAAAGCUGCCCGGCAACGACAGAGGCCAAUGACGUGGAUGAUGGAAACAACAGACUGAGCAAGCGACAGAAGCGUACAAGCUACCUUGCACCCAAGGCUCUGCAGCCAAAAUUUAUGGAAGGAGACUCACACACUGUGCUGUCCGACGACAGCUUAGCACGGUCGUCUCGCCACCCAUCAAAACGCGCCAGCAUGGACGAAAAUCGACCUAAUCCGAGAAGACGGACUGUUGGGCGCCCGCGCGCUGGUUUGACUCGGCGAGAAUUCUCUCAUGCUGACACUGAAAACCCAAUUGAGGCAACCAGUGAUAGCGACAGGGCAAGAGCUGCCAGGCGAUACCAGCCUUCUAUCAGUCUCAGUACUGAGUCUUCAGACUACGAUACCCGAAGAGCGACAACAGGCAACUCUACAAUGCCGGACCCAGUACAGACAAAAGGGGGACGUACACGGAUGGCAUUUACUCAUGAGCAAAAUACGUUUCUCAUACAAUUGAGGAAUACAGAGUUGGCGGGCCGAAGACUCUCAUGGACGGAGAUCCACCAGCGUUUUUGCAAGAAGUAUCCAGAGCGCUCGAAGAACACUUUACAGGUGCAUUAUUCUACGAAACUCCGCUCAGUAGCUAAAUCAUGGGCAAAUAUCAAUGGAGAGGGCUCUAAACAGGUGGCGCUGUUCUGGUUGCUGCAAACUUUUGAGGUUUCUUUGCAACAGACCACUGUGGGAGGGACAGAACAAAAAUUAGGCGUUGGCGAGCUGAUGAACGAGAAAGUGGCCAUGCCAGGUCGCUGUAAUCAAUGGGACCGACUCGAUGCGUCAGCGAGUGAUGGGCGGAAAGUAAUUGCUUCAUAUAGUGAUUUACGCGAACUUCGUGCGUCUCACUCCUUCGGCGAGUACAGCAGCGAAAAGUGGCUGCUCCAAGCAAUUAUCUUGCCAAUCACGAUCGAUGUAGUACUCCCAAAAAGGCUCGGGGUAGCUCCGGGAGGCUCCGCGUGGCUCCGGGAAGCUCCGUUUGGCUCAGGGAGGCUUCCUGUGGCUCACGGAAUGCUCUCGGUGGCUCAGGGAGGCUCAUGGGGGCUCAGGGAGGGCUCAUGGGGGCUCAGCGAAACUGAGCUGCAGUACCUCAGUGAAGCUCGGCCGCUAAGGUCAGUGGGGGCAAUGCCCAAGCUCGAGGCAGCCUGGGCAUCCGGCAUUAUUGAGCGCGAGUGCCCAUCACAGUUUGGCAUGAAACUGUCCUUCCGACAAUGA